AUGCAGCUAGAUUCCGUCCCCUAUGAUCCAGAUGAGGCUCCUUCACCAGGCACUCCUCAGAUGAAAGCAGUGCGUCCCAGACUCCAACUCACAGAGAGCCCUCCUCCGGAAAUACCACGCGCUCAAGUCAGUUUCAGCCCUCCUCCCGUCGACGGAUUGCCCAAGUCUAAUCGGUCAAAGAUCGUGCCCGUGGGUGGUGAUGAAGUCCUCGUCACUUACCUUGGCGGCGGCCGUCACCAAGACGUAGCCCGGAUUGCCGGCCGGGUGGCAUUGCCCGGCGGCGACGACAACUUUGAACUCUCUGACGAUGAUGUCUAUCCGCAAAAGAGCCCGCCGCGAGACGCCACCGCCGACCCCUCAGCCGGCGCCGACAUCCUCCAGCGCCCGCAGGCCGUCGCUGCCGCUGUUACGGGCGAUCACAAUAGUCUGCGGGCCGUUGCCGCCGACGCCUUAGCCGCGGGCGGGGACGUCGGACUCUUCCACGGGGAGGAUAAGCCCAGCGUUGAUCUGUCAGCCUCUACCUACCAGCUUUCCAUUCAUGACGACGUCGUGUCCAGCCCCAAUCGCCACGUCAAAACCCCACCCCUCUUGGGCAGCCGUCUCGGCGCGGCAGACAGCGCAUCGCGAUCCUUGCUGUCGCCCAGCUUCAGCGAGCUGCCCCCUUUGCUGGACUCGCCCAAGCACGACGGCGCCAAUGGGCCAAGCCUACCCUCAAUACAAACCACCCUGGGCGACACUCUCAACGAUAGGAACCACCACCAUGUCGCGACCGAGAUCCCGACGCCCAGCGACAACCGAGACCUGCCGAGACGUCACACCGGCGAUGCGCGGACGUUUUCUCGGUCUCCCACCGUAGGCGUCCCGCGCUUCUCGUCAAUGUCUGCCGGCAGCCAUGCGUCGCACCCAAUCUCUCCCAGCGAGUCGUAUCAGCGCGGCUUUCCAUCUCCCAACUCCCUCCCUGCCUCCAGUCCUGACAAUUUCGCCGCCAAUGGUUCCAUACAUCGCUCCUCCGUCGAUUAUGCAAACAGCAAAGCCCCCAGCAAGGCCCUCCAGCCCGGCUACACCAUACCUUCUCCUGCUACCGGAGCGUCCGUAGCGGAUCGCAUGAGCAUCGACGGAAUUACCAAUCCUCAGGUCGGCAGCUAUAGUUGCACCUUCGAGGGGUGUACCGCCCCGCCGUUCCAAACCCAGUACCUGCUCAAUUCUCACGCCAAUGUGCAUUCUUCAGCCCGUCCGCACUACUGCCCCGUGCCAGGAUGCCCUCGAGCUGAGGGGGGAAAGGGGUUUAAACGGAAGAAUGAGAUGAUUCGGCAUGGCUUGGUCCACGAUUCUCCCGGAUAUGUCUGUCCUUUCUGUGCGGACAGAGAACACAAAUACCCCCGGCCGGACAACUUACAAAGACACGUCCGAGUUCACCACGUGGACAAGAGUAAAGACGACCCCUUAUUGAGGGACGUCCUAGCACAACGGCCCGACGGCCCAAGCAGAGGCCGACGAAGGAGAGCGCAAGUCUAG